UUUAGGUUAAUUUAUUUUUAAAGUUGAGAUAUAUCAUAGAACUCUGAAGUAUUUUGAAUGUAGCUAUAAGUAAAACCGUUUCUCAAUUUACCAAAUUAAUCUACUGAAAACCGUGUCAUUUUAUUUCAUAUAUAAUUUUCCAAAAAAAUCAUCAAGUAUGAAUUUUCUAAAAUAAACACAAAUAGAAAGAAGAACCACAACAAGAUUUUUGAAAAAAAAUUUAUCACCACCUUGAACCUCGCGAAAGUUGGAAGGAAAAUUUUGUAAAAGUGUAGGAUUUGAAGAAUUUUGUGGCAAAUUAUUUUAUGGACUUGAUACACUAUCCAAAAUUGAAGAUGAGUUGUAAAAGUUUAGAUCCAAAUUUGUCAGUAAUGUUAAAAGAUCAUGGUUACAAGAUUGGGAAAUAUUUUGGUGAAGGUUCCUAUAGCAAAGUUUAUGAAGCCUACAAAUUUUACCCGAAUGGACGUUUCGGUAGAGUUGCUUGCAAGGUGAUAAAUUGCAGAAAAGCUUCGAAAGAAUAUGUGGAGAAAUUUCUCCCAAGGGAGUUGGACAUCUUAAAGCAGCUCUGUCAUACAAACCUGGUUCAUGUUUAUGAUAUUCUGGAGACUAGUAAUCAGGUUCUUAUAUUUAUGGAGAUGUGCUCCACCGGAGAUCUCUUAGACUAUAUAACUAACAAAGGUCAUUUAUCUGAGUACAGAACACGGCAUUUGUUCCAUCAAAUCGUAACGGCGGUGCAGUAUAUCCAUUCCAAUGACUUGAGUCAUAGAGACCUGAAAUGUGAGAACAUUCUAUUGAAAGAUGAGCUGACUGUUCGUAUUACCGACUUCGGGUUCGCCAGAAGUUGCCGAGAUAAAUACACCAAUCAACGCAUUCUAAGUGAUACAUUUUGUGGCAGUGCCGCCUAUGCUGCCCCUGAAAUACUACAGGGCCUACCAUAUAACCCAAAAAUGUACGAUGUCUGGUCAUUGGGUUGUAUUUUGUACAUUAUGCUGACCGCUAGAAUGCCAUAUGAUGAUUCCAAUAUUACUAAAAUGUUGUAUGUGCAAUUGCAUGCUAUUCUUUCAUUUCCAACCAAAUCUGAAUUCAAGAUAAGCCACGAUAUGAAGAAAUUCAUUAUGCAUUUAUUGGAGCCAGAUGUGACUAGACGAGCAACCAUAAAUCAAGUAUAUACUGAAUUGACUCAGCUACCACCAAUAACACCUCAAAAUUGUGUCAAACCGAAAAAUUCUGUCCAGAAACUAACUGGGAAAAAAUCUAUAGGUCAAGCAGAAAUGGAUUAUUUACGGAUGAAAUUGAAGAAGUGUAAAAUUCCUCACAAUUUUUAGCUGGAAACUUCAGAAUUCACACAUGAUCUCAUGAUUCUCUCACAAUAUCAGAAAUCGAAUUUUCGUGAAAUCAAAUUUGAAUUUGUAUUUCUUUAUCAAUGAAUUUGAUAAAUCGAUUGCUUGGUUCUCUUUCGAUGAAAUUGCAAAAUUUGGAAUUUAUACCUUGAAAUAUACCUUGAUUAUUAUAUUAA